AUGGACUAUCCUUUCUGGAAGGAGAAGAUGAAGAUCCGUCUCCGAGCAAUUGAUGAUGAUAUGUGGAAUGUGGUGCACUUCGGGUUCACGUGUGAAACUGUGAAGGAUUUGUGGGAUGUUCUCGAGAAGAUAAAUGAAGGUGUUUCAACUCAGAAAGAAGCUCGAAUUGAUACUCUUCGAGUGAAAUUCAAUCAAUUCAAGCGCAUUGGAAAUGAAAGCUGUCAGCAAAAUUUCCAUCGUCUGAGUGACAUAGCAAAAGAGCUUCAAGGUCUCGGCGUCAAAAACAUCACUGAUCAUGAAGUUGUGAAGAAACUGCUCCGUCACUUGACAAAUAACUCUCGCAAGAGCAAGGCGUCCAUCGACAAGGAAAUGGAUUCUGAUGAAGAAGAAUCGUCGGACUCCAAAGAAGCUGAUGAAUCUGAUGAGGAUUCUGACUCUGGCAUGGCUGGUAUAGCAUAUACCUCCUCCCCUACAACAAACUUCUUUGGGAAUUCGUCAAACGAUGAUGAAUCUCCUGCCUACUGCUUCAUGGCCAAAGCCUCGAAGGAGAAGAAGAAUGCCCUCAAGAGAGCCAAGAAGGCUGAAAAUGAAAGGGCUCGUGAAGAAGAAAAUCGUCGUCUCCUCAAAGAUGUUGUCGAGAAGAAAAAGGCUGAAGGAAAAUCUGAAGGUCGCUCCAAACACAAACAUGAUCCCAGUGCAAAGCGAAAGAGCGCACCGAAGAAGAGGCCGGCUGGACCAAGAAAUGACGAAAGCAAUUCUUCGGACAAAGAUGAUCCUCCACUCACUAAGGAUGAGGUUGAAGCUACUCUCAGCGAGCAAGUGAAUAUCACAACUUCUACGGUGCUGCCUGAUCUUCGGGUUCGAAAGGUUCCAAUUGCACCACCAAAGAAAAUUGCUGCUAGAAAAACUCCACCAACCACAGUUACCAUGAAAGAUUUUGUGGAUACAACUCCUCAUCCUAAGGCAAUCAACUUGAAGGAUUUGGUAGUUGAUGCUCCUGUCAGGACUGCUAAGCCCGGCGAGCCAAUUCCAAAUCCGAAAAUGAAGAAAAUCAAGGCACCAACCAUCGAGCAAAGUGCUCCUCAAGAUUCUGCACCGAAGGAAAAGGCUCCUAAGUUUGCUCCUACUUUGACACAACCAUUGGCUUCUAUGCCCCCAUUCGAGCAAGUUCCAGUGCCAACUGCUCCAGUCGCACAGUCUGAUGAUCGAUCUGAUGCUCCUCACUACUACAAUCAUGUGUUCAUCCUGGAGCAUCUUGAUAAGUUUGUGAAUAAUCCAUUCGAUGGUGAAGUGGCAUCUUUGCCAAUCCCUCCUGAAGUCAUUUCCCAGGCAUCUGAUGUUGUUCGCGACAUGAAAGAAGAUUCCGUUGAAAUCAACACCCUCACUGUAGAACUCGAUGACCUUGAUGGUCGAAUGAAAACUGCGCCUUCCAAGUUUGUCACGAGACAACUCGAAGAAUCUUACAUGGAUAUCAGUCGAGCUUUGACUAUCCUCCGUAACAGAAGAUAG